AUGUUGGGCAAGGACAACGGUGUACUGGUUAUUAUAGUAACCACGGUGUUGACCGUUCGAGGAUACAGUGGCCACCAGCUGCCGACGGGCACCCACAAGCUCUGCGGUCCGGCACUGUCCGAUGCCAUGGCUGCGGUGUGCAACCAGGGCUACAACACCAUGACCCCCCGGAAGGAUGUUGAGGACAAGGAGGGCACUACGGCGAUGCUUGUGUCAGGCUCACACUACUCCCUCAGUCCACUCCUGUCCAGCCUAUACGGGUCGGAGGUUUUGAUCAAGACCCGUCGCCAGCGAAGACACUAUCCGGGUGGCAUUUACGAUGAGUGCUGCCUGAACUCCUGCAGCUACCAGGAAUUGGCCGACUACUGCCUGUGGCUGCCCCAACGAUAAAGCACUUAACCC